AUGCCUGACUUACCGAGGGCAGCACUACCUCCUCAGGGCACUUGGUGUUUCUUUUUCUUUUUGUUCUCUUUUUCUUUUUGUUCUCUUUUUCUUCAUUAUUCUUCUUCUUCUCUUCAUUUUUGUUCUCUUUUUUCUUCUUCUCCUUCUCUUUUUUUCUUCUUUCUCCUUCUCUUCUUUCUCCUUCUCUUCUUUUCUUCUUUCUCCUUCUCUUCUUUCUCCUUCUCUUCUUUCUCCUUCUCUUCUUUCUCCUUCCCUUUUUGCUUCUUUCUCCUUCCCUUUCUUCUCCUUUUUGCUUCUUUCUCCUUCCCUUUCUUCUCCUUCUCUUUUUGCUUCUUUCUCCUUCCCUUUCUUCUCCUUCUCUUUUUGCUUCUUUCUUCUUCCCUUUCUUCUCCUCUUUUUGCUUCUUUCUCCUUCUCUUUUUGCUUCUUUCUCCUUCCCUUUCUUCUCCUUCUCUUUUUGCUUCUUUCUCCUUCCCUUUCUUCUCCUUCUCUUUUUGCUUCUUUCUCUUUCCCUUUCUUCUCCUUCUCUUUUUGCUUCUUUCUCCUUCCCUUUCUUCUCCUUCCCUUUCUUCUCCUUCUCUUUCUUCUCCUUCUCUUUUUGCUUCUUUCUCCUUCCCUUUCUUCUCCUUCUCUUUUUGCUUCUUUCUCCUUCCCUUUCUUCUCCUUCUCUUUUUGCUUCUUUCUCCUUCCCUUUCUUCUCUUUUUUCUUCUUUCUCCUUCCCUUUCUUCUCUUUUUCUUUUUCUCCUUCCCUUUCUUCUUUUUGCUUCUUUUCUCCUUCCUUUCUUCUCUUUUUUGCUUCUUUCUCCUUCCCUUUCUUCUCUUUUUGCUUCUUUCUCCUUCCCUUUCUUCUCUUUUUGCUUCUUUCUCCUUCCCUUUCUUCUCUUUUUGCUUCUUUCUCCUUCCCUUUCUUCUCUUUUUGCUUCUUUCUCCUUCCCUUUCUUCUCUUUUUGCUUCUUUUCUCCUUCCCUUUCUUCUCUUUUUUUGCUUCUUUCUCCUUCCCUUUCUUCUCUUUUUUGCUUCUUUCUCCUUCCCUUUUUCUUCUCUUUUUGCUUCUUUCUCCUUCCCUUUCUUCUCUUUUGCUUCUUUCUCCUUCCCUUUCUUCUCUUUUUGCUUCUUUCUCCUUCCCUUUCUUCUCUUUUUGCUUCUUUCUCCUUCCCUUUCUUCUCCUUCCCUUUCUUCUCCUUCCCUUUCUUCCUUUUUUCUUCUCCUUCCCUUUCUUCUCCUUCCCUUUCUUCUCCUUCCCUUUUUCUUUAUUUCCCUUCCCUUUUCCUCUUUUCUUUCUCCUCUUUUCUUUCUCCUCUUUUCUUUCUCCUCUUUUCUUUCUCCUCUUUUCUUUCUCCUCUUUUCUUUUGA